AUGCGCUUCAUACGCCUACUACCGGCGGCGGUGUUCUUACUAGGCCAGUCCCUUAGCCAGAAGACCCAGGAUCCUACCCCACUCUCUACGGCCAACGCCCAUCCGCACUGCCGAUGUCGACCGAGUGAUUCCUGCUGGCCGUCCUUGGACGACUGGCAGACGCUGAAUAGCUCCUUGCACGGGCGACUGGUUGCCGUCCGACCGAUUGGGCAUGUUUGCCAUGAGCCUACAUAUGAUGAGGCUGCCUGCCGGCAUGUCGAGGCCAUGUCGUCUAGUGGGGAGUGGAGGGCUGGCGAGCCGGGUGCGCUACAAGACUACAGCUGGGAAUCCUCCAUCCCGCGGAACGAAACCUGCUACAUCGGACCCGGAAGCAACCGGCCAGAACCUUGCCACCAGGGCCGGAUGCCACUCUACUCAGCGCGCGUGCAAUCAACAGCAGACGUCCAAGCCGCCGUGCGCUUCGCGGCAGAGAGAGACCUGCGUCUGGUCAUCAAGAAUACUGGCCACGACUCCGUUGGGCGCUCGAGUGCACUGGACUCGUUCCAGAUCCUCACCCAGGGGUUGAAGGAUGUUCAAUUCACCGACGACUUUCGGCCAUACCUGGCGGGGGAUUAUAGUGAUGAGGAUAGCGCGGGGGCGAAUGUGGAGGUGAAGUCGGAAGGGCCGGCUGUUACCUUUGCGGCGGGGGUGAUGGGGAAGGAACUGUAUGCUGCUGCCGCCGCGCGUGGGUACACCGUUGCGGCUGGGGAGUGCGGGACCGUCGGUACUGCUGGGGGUUUUAUUCAGGGGGCAGGUGUCUCGACUGUCCUGGCGCCGCUGAGGGGGCUUUCCGCUGAUCUGGUGCUGCAGUUUGAGGUCGUGACCGCGGACGGAACCGCAGUAAUCGCCAACCAGUACCAAAACGCCGACCUCUUCUGGGCGCUCCGCGGCGGCGGGGGCGGGACCUUCGGCGUCGUGACGAGCGUGACAAUGCGCGUCUUCGAAGACACACCCGCAGUCAUCUCGGACCUCUACUUUGAAACCCCCACCGUCGACGCAACAUUCUGGUCCGCAUGCCGCGAGAUCAUCGAUAAGGCCCGCGAGCUGGCCACCGGCGGCAACUCGGCGCAGUACUACUUCGGGCGGCUGCCCAGCGGAGCCGGGUACGUGAAUAUGAGCAUGUUCUCGCACUUUGUCGAAGACAAGGGACCUGUUGAGGAGUCCUUUGCGUCGCUGUUGGCUUUGCUCAGGUUGAGGGGGAUUAGCGACGUUGCGUUCAAUGCGACGGUGUAUCACAGGUUAUCCUCGUACCUGGCUAUCCCGCAGGGCCUGUACUUUGGCGGAGGCGGGUAUCAUCAGGAGAGUGUCCUGCUCCCGAAUGAGAUGUAUAAUUCUCCGGAUGCCGCCGCGCAGAUCAUCGAGCGGCUCUCUCCCAUCGAACUCUUCCCCGGUGAUCUCUGGGUCGUGAAUACCCUUGGCGGCCAGGUGAACCGCAACAGGGACAUCGACAGUGCGCUUCAUUCCGGCUGGCGCGACGCAGCCGCGCUCCUGGUCGGUAUGCGGCCCUUUGGUCAGUCGUUGCGCGAGCAGCAGCAUGUCCAGGAGCGUCUGACGAAAGUGGAGUGGCCUGUGUUGCAAUCCUUCGAGCCGCGUCCUGUGGCGAUGUAUCUGAACGAAGCGAAUCCGCUGGUGGAGAACUCGCGGGAGUGGUUUUGGGGGGCCAAGUAUGAGCGGCUGCGAGACGUCAAGCGGAAGUGGGAUCCGCGGGGGUUGUUUGUUGUGUCGCUUGGGGUGGGGAGUGAGGAGUGGGAUCAGGAUGGGAUGUGCAGAUUGAUCUAA